CAAUAACUUUGACCCAUUUAGAGAAGACGAACAGUUUACUUUGGCAUAACCAUUUGCCAUUUUCUAAAUAAAAUUAUUUAAAACCAUAGAUUGUUGAUCGGAAAAAGGAAAAUGGCAUUGUCGUUGAUUCUCAGGAAUAGUGCGAAGUUACGAGGGCUCUCCACGAUUCCAAGGUGCUCAUUUCAGCUCCAAAAAGCGCAAAACUUUAGUCACCUGGUCCCGAAGAACAACGCAAAUGCCGUCUUUCUUGCAGCCAAAUGUCGGCUUCCGUUUGUAAAAAUCGCUGAACAGAAAAGAUUUAUGUCUGCUGACCACAGCAAGUUGUGGCCCAUAGAGAAACUGAUCUCUUUAGUACUCUUAGGAGUCGUCCCAGCCACAUUUUUCUGUCCCAAUAAAAUUCUGGACAACAUUUUCGCCCUGGCAGUGGUAAUCCAUUUCCAUUGGGGAUUGGAAGCUUGCGUUGUUGACUACAUUCGACCCAUCAUAGUGGGCCCCGUUCUGCCCAAAAUAGCGCUAGGAUUAUUGUAUGUGAUCUCAGCUUCUACUUUAGCAGGUCUUAUUUACUACAACCAGCAUGAAAUUGGAAUUGGGGCGACUCUUCGUAAAUUCUGGUGCAUCACUGGUUGUCCAUCUGACAAUGAAGCAACCCCUCAGUGAUCUGUAAAUACUUAAAUUCUACUUUUCUGUUACAUUUUGCAAAAAUUAUUGUAUUGCCUUCAAGAGUACCGCAAUAAUAAAUUAUUUGCCUUUU